CACUUGUCUACACAAGAAAAGAAGAAGGUCUAAUUAAAAAUUAUUUUUAUUUAGACUUUUAGGAGAUUUACAAUUUUGCUUGAAAUUUGGGGAAUAUAGUCGAUCUGCCGAUCUUUAUUGAUUACUUUUUAAAUAUCCGAGUGUGUACGGAAGCAGCAAUAUUAGCAGAUUGAAUUUAAAGUUCUGUACGCUCAAUGGAUCUGUUUUGAUAGUGGUCGUAAAAUUCGGAAGAUAUAUAAUAAAAUCUUAAAUGGAAAGCUUAGAAAAUAUUUCAAGUAAAAAAUAAAGUGGAAGUGCUGCCUCAACAAUACCUCUUGCGCUUUAACGCAUCAUCUAAAAACCGUCAACAAAACGGAUUCGUCUACUAUUUUGUAACCUACUUUUAUGUGUUUACCACCAGACCCCGUAUAAGACACAACCUGUCUGGUUCAACUGUUACUAAGAAGAGCAUUUUUGAGGGUAUUCUUUAAUUAUGGCCAUUUAAAAGAAUGUAUUCCUGAUAAUAGUUACUGUAGUUGGAAUAAACCAAUAAUUAAGUAAUCGUUGUGGUUGUUAUCUGUUCAUAAUUGUUAUCAUCCCUGUGUGGUGCAUAUGAGCUUACAUUUUAUUGAUGUAUUGUUUUAUUACAAGAAAUAGGGAACCGUUAGAUGCGCUCUGUUGGGAUGUAAUCCUCACAUGAUUAGGCAUUACCCUGAAACGCUAAUUGUGACCGAGACACUGAACAUGACAGACGGGAUGAAUGUUUUGAACAUUAAACAGGAAGUUCAAGAACCCAAUACAAAUAUUAACAACAUUAAUGGCUUCAGCCCCUCUCCAGUUGCUGCAGCAUCAUCAACAGCGAAUCCAGUUGUAGCAGCGAAUGGCAAUGUAGGUAGUCACAAUAGAAGAGGCAGUGCCGGCUCCAGUAGCAAUGGUGGGAAUGGUAUGAAAUCUUCGCCAUCAGUAUCUCCGGAAAGGCAAAUGUGCAGCUCGACCACGACAUUAAGUCUCAAUAGUAAUGGUUCAUAUACAGCUGUCGAUAAUGAUGGCAACAUGAGUACGACAGGUGGAGGAGGAAGUAGUACACAAGCCGCAUCCACCGGUGGCUCAUCGAUACGUGAUGAAUUAAGACGCUUAUGUUUAGUGUGUGGUGACGUUGCCUCCGGUUUUCAUUAUGGUGUGGCAAGUUGUGAAGCAUGUAAAGCAUUCUUCAAACGUACCAUACAAGGUAACAUAGAGUAUACGUGUCCGGCGAACAAUGAAUGCGAAAUCAAUAAGCGAAGGCGUAAGGCAUGUCAGGCAUGCCGAUUUCAAAAAUGUCUUCUAAUGGGAAUGCUUAAGGAAGGAGUCCGCUUGGAUCGUGUACGAGGUGGUCGUCAAAAAUACCGUCGAAAUCCCGUUUCCAACUCGUACCAAACCAUGCAAUUACUUUACCAAUCGAGCAUCACAUCACUGGGUGAUGUUAAAAUUCUUGAUGCUCUUAGCAAUUAUGAACCCGAUAUACUUUCCGUACAAACUCCCACAACACAAGCAAAUAGAGCCAACUCUACAUCUUCAUUAAUUGAUGAGGAAUCUGGCAAUGCAUCGACACCGUCGACUACAUCGUCGGGGGUAAAUAUAAAAAGUGAACACAAUAAUCUUUUGCAAAAUACUGAUACAGCUGAUGCCACCCCGCCUUCUACACCAACAUCGUCAACGGCGGGUAGUACGUCGACACCCACUACCAGCACCACAUGCAUUUUCCAAUUGAACUCCUUGACCAAUAACAAUUCAGAUGCUCACGAUAUUUUGUGUGUUCUCAGUGAUUUGUACGAUAAGGAGUUGGUUUAUGUAAUUGGUUGGGCGAAGCAGAUACCUGGUUUCACAGAACUACCACUUAACGACCAAAUGAAAUUGCUGCAAGUUUCUUGGGCUGAGAUCCUGACAUUACAGCUGAUAUUUCGUUCGCUUCCCUUUAAUGGAAAACUGUGUUUCGCAUCCGAUGUGUGGAUGGAUGAGUUGUUGGCCAAAGAAUGUGGCUAUACAGAAUUCUAUUAUCAUUGUGUUCAAGUAGCUCAACGUUUGGAACGCGUCUCACCUCGCCGAGAGGAAUAUUAUUUGUUAAAAGCAUUAAUAUUGACCAAUUGUGAUAUUCUUUUGGACGAUCAAAGUUCUUUGCGGGCUUUUCGCGACUCAAUAUUAAAUUCUCUAAAUGAUGUGGUCUAUUUGUUGCGGCACAGUUCGGCUGUUUCGCAUCAACAACAACUGCUGCUUCUACUGCCCUCCCUGCGUCAGGCCGAUAAUAUUCUGCGUCGAUUUUGGCGCAACGUCAAUGCCGAAGGUUCAGUAUCAUUAAAGAAACUCUUUAUGGAAAUGCUAGAAACAGUAUCACGGUGAGAUUUAAAGUUCACGACAUCACAACUUUAGCAUUUGUUUCAUUAAUAAAUACGCAAAUUAACAAAAUAAGAACUAUUUACUGGCAGUGGUUAGAAUACCUCGUUUAUAUGUAGCCUAUUAAGGAUUAUGAUUUGUUUCUGUUGUAGAUUGUUAUUUUGAUCCAAAGAUUUGAUAUCUUAUAAUGGAAUAGAAUAUUGAAAUUCUCGUCGUUUUGAUUUAGGAAAAACUUACACACAAAAUAUAGUAUGUAGAUAUUUUUAAGACUAUUUCUAUACAUA